CUCUUGGGUUCCAUCACCCUCCUCGCCACGCUGCUGGUGGCACUGGGACACCCCGACCCGGCUCUGGACUGGCACUGGAAGCUCUGGAAGACAACCUACGGCAAGGAAUAUCCCCAUCAGAAAGAGGAAGAGGAGCGGCGUGGGAUCUGGGAGGAGAACUUGAGGGUGGUGACCCUGCACAACCUGGAGCACUCCCUGGGGCUGCACUCCUACCAGCUGGGCAUGAACCACCUAGGAGACAUGACCAGCAAGGAAGUGGUGGCUUUGCUGACGGGGCUGAACGUUGCUCCUGGCUCCAAAAGGGUCUCCUGGAACCCACCACGAGCUGGGAGGCAGGUCCCAGACACGAUGGACUGGAGGGAGAAGGGCUGUGUCACCGAGGUGAAGAACCAGGGUUCCUGUGGGUCCUGCUGGGCCUUCAGCGCCGUGGGGGCCCUGGAGUGUCAGGUGAAGCUGAAGACAGGGCAGUUGGUGUCCCUCAGCACCCAGAACCUCGUCGACUGCUCCGUGAUGUACGGGAACAAGGGUUGCAGUGGUGGCUUCAUGACCAACGCCUUCCAGUACAUCAUCGACAACGAAGGGAUCGACUCGGAGGAGUCCUACCCCUACAAGGCUCAGAAUGGGACGUGUCAAUACAACGCUUCCACUCGAGCUGCCACCUGCUCCAAGUACGUGGAGCUGCCCUUUGGGGAUGAAGAAGCCCUGAAAGAUGCUGUGGCCAACGUUGGGCCAGUCUCUGUUGCCAUCGAUGCCACCCAGCCCACCUUCUUCUUGUACAGGUCAGGUGUCUACGAUGACCCCAAGUGCAGCCAGGAGGUGAACCACGCCGUGGUGGUCAUCGGCUACGGCACCCUGCAGGAGAAGGACUAUUGGCUAGUGAAGAACAGCUGGGGGUUGAGUUUUGGGGACCAGGGUUACAUCCGGAUGGCCAGGAACCACGCCAACCACUGUGGCAUCGCCAGCUACGCCUCCUACCCCCUGGUCUAG